UAUUUAUGUACCAUAGUAUAGGUUUCUACUUAUGGUGAUGUGAUCAUCUAGAUUCUUUCCUCCCUUUACAUUUGCUAUCACAAACAUCUAAGAAUGAGAAAUCAAUUUUGGAUUUUUGUUUUUUCUCUGCUUCAACUAAACUUCGUCUCCCAGGCUACAAGACCGGUGAUAACGAUCAGACCAGAGUCACCGGUACGGCCUCAAGGGAACACGACUUUCUUGGACGGAACGACAUGGUGUGUGGCUCGACCAAGUGCGUCUCAGGCUGAGCUACAGAGAGCUCUUGAUUGGGCCUGUGGGAUUGGGAGAGUGGAUUGCUCGGUCAUCGAGAGACAUGGUGAUUGUUACGAACCGGACACGAUCGUGUCGCACGCAUCUUUUGCGUUUAACGCGUAUUACCAAACCAAUGGAAACAAUCUCAUCGCUUGUUACUUUGGUGGGACCGCUACACUCACCAAGGUUAACCCUAGCUACGGAAAGUGCUCCUACGAUGUAUCCAAAUCGGAAGUCUCCGCCGCAAGAUUUCUGUCGGAGAACAAACCAAGGUGGCUACGACUGAUGUACAUAGGAGUUUUAUUGUAUUUUUGUUGGCGAAGCUAACAUCUUCGUCUGAAAAUGAAAAUCAAUCUUCUUCUGAUCAGUUGUAUUUUUCCUUUGAGUAAAGUUUACACAGAUUUUGGUAAGCAAUAAAAGUUUUGGAAUUGGAUGAUAUGUAGCUUUUUCAGGUUUUCACGUUUUGAAAACGUGAUUAUCAUUUACAAUAUUAAACAUUGAAUGAUAAAAAGUAAACAUUAA